AACGACAGAGACAAAUAUUCAAGCAAUGUAUGCUGGGCGUACAGUAUCACUUUCUCAAUGAAUUUACCACAUCCCCUCUGCCACCCCCCUAACUUGAUCUCGCGCAAUCCCUCAAUUUCUAGAAAACGCCAAACCCAUGGAUCACACCCAUUGCAUACCCCUUGGAACACCUGACGAAGGGCCUGGCGAGGCGCUGCUUUUACUACAUGACACAACCCCCAGGCGGCCUUAUCAAGCUUAUUGCGUCACCGAAGCCUCUUCACGACCGUCAAGCCCGGACAACCUUAUUCCAAGACCUCUUCGAACAUCAACGACACCUGUAUUGCAGGUUUUCAUCGACACAAAGUCUGUUGAAACUGAAGAUUACGAUCAAAACAACAAUCUCACCCAGGCUGUGACAGGCAGUCCUGCGCAGUAUGUCGAAUCAGCAACAUUACGCAGAACGGGACAGUAUAGCAAAAGACAAACAUUUCUUCCCAAUCGAAAGCCAUUGCCAGAGCGUACAAGAUCGGGAAAUACACCAAAUCACAUUACACGGGCUGUCACUCCACGCGGAAGCCACUCGUUAGCUUCAUCUGAGGUGACGGUGUGUGACCUGCCAUCAUCACAUCCACGGAUGCAACAAUCGACUUCUUCCAACAACGAAUUUGAUCAAACCGGCUCGCACAAGCCAAUUGAGCGAUGCGAUGAUCUUUUGGGUACGCAUCAGCGUCCGCUGCCACCACUUCCGCUCGGGACGGCUUCGGUGAUAGGCGAACAACAAGAAAUUGACACGCGGAGCGCAGACAUUUACCGAACAUCAGACGAGCGGGCUCAUCCAGAAUACUUCCAAGGAGCAAACGAGCUCAAUACCCCCGAUACUCAGGCGUCACCGAUAUGCAAGAAGAACCACUACCUCAUCCCACGUCGGCCGUUGCCAGAUCUACCGAUAGACAUCACUCCAGACCUAUCAAGUCAAAGGGCUGUAACGGAGAGGGCGUUUUCAUCACCCAUGGCAGGUGAGCCGUUACAUGACGACUUCCUUGGUGAGUCAAGCAUCAGUGCGCGAAAGCAUCGUGUCUUUGGCAGCCAUACACGAGAGCUCACGGCUGCUGACCCAUACGAACCUCGCGGCCACUGGGAUGACAUUGACGGCGACAUGCGAGCGCUGUGGCGAACUCUACCCAAGGAUGCGAACUUGAAAUACAAGUUUGGGCAGCUGCCAUCUUUCAAUUCAGCUUCACCACCCUUAAUCUCGCCGCUCCGUAGCGCUUACCCUCACUCAGUCGGCGACCUCAUAAACGCCACGCCCUCGUUCCACUCAUCAAUCGACAUCCAAAACGGCCCCAGACCACCUCCUUGGGGCUCAUACAAAGAUCUUGAGAUCCAACGUCGACAACGCGGUGAUGCGAGAGAGCGCGCAAAAGCUCGAGGUAGCCGUUUGACGGCAGACAGCUCUUCGAUAUACCAGAAGUCGAUAUCGACGAACAGCCUGGGUAAAGAUCCUUCAAGAGAAGUAGAAGAGUACAGGGAGCAGAUACUCGGUGUAUACCCGGAUAUGGAAUUCAAUGGGGAAGCCGGGAGAGGUGAUCGGGAAUGGUGUUGUUGUGUGUUGAUGUGAUCAGUAUUCGAUUCACAGUCGCGCUCGAUGACAAUAGCGCCCAGUAGAGAUGCGCAGAGUUUGGUCCUGGAGUGGUCGCAGGCAGGAGACUGCAGUUUAUGCCAUCGUACUAGCUGCGCCAUCCCUUGAAUUACGGAUAUCAAUCAUAGAUGCAUAGAAUCACGCCGACAUAUUCAACACAUCACCAAAGCUGCAAAUUCGCCUUCUAUAUAUACCCCAAAUCCAGUUUUUCAUUUCAAGACAGUGCGCGUCAUCAUCCUUCAACGAAAUCACACCCGCACACGAUUCCAAAGAAACAGAAUUUCAGGUUCUUUCAACAAAUUCCAAUUACCAAUUCGAAGUCAAACAACACAUCUCUACCCCGAUCUGCUGCGGCUGUUCACAACCGUCUUCACAUCAAUUAGCACAUCAAAUCAACGCGAGAUUCAUCAUCAACGAUGUUCAAUAGGAUGGUGAGUUACGAAU